GUUGUCUUUUUUGAGCCAGAACUAGUUUAAUCGUCAAUUCCCGUCAAGAUGCCUCAAUAUGUGUUGCAUUAUUUCAAUAUGAUGGGGCUGGCCGAGCCCAUCCGUUUGGCCUUCGCCCUCGCGGGGGUGGAGUACGAGGACAAGCGAUAUUCAGGUGACGAAUGGAAGCAGUUCAAACCAAGUACCCCAGUUGGUCAGAUGCCUGUCCUCGAGGUCGAUGGAAAGAUGCUGAGUCAAAGUGGCGCCAUCUUGCGGUAUGUUGGCAGCGAGUAUGGUUUGUCUGGCAAAGACAUUUGGGAGAAAGCUAAAGUGGACGAAGCGUUAGGUAUCAUCGACGACAUUGUGAUCGAGAUGGUAAAAAUGAGAUUUGCAAAAGACGCGGCUAUAAAGGAACAAGCCAGGAAGUCAUUUCUAGAGAAGGCGCCACCUCUACUGAAAGCCUUAGAGAAGCUGCUGGAGGUGAAUGGUUCUGGCUUCUACGCUGGACCAGAGGUGACGAUUGCGGACCUCAAAGCCUUCCAUAUCUUGCGCAUGGUGACUGAUGGCAAUGCCGAUCUUCUUGCCGACAUGCCAAAGGUAGCGGAAAAUAUAACAAAAGUUGGUACUUUGCCCAAUAUCAAAGAAUGGGUAGAGAAGCGACCACCAACUGUUAUGUAAUACACGCCUUAGAUGAAUGUUGUGCAGCGUGUGCUGUCGCUGUUCAGUUAGAACAAAGUUGAAAUGAAACACCUGCUUAAGUCGCUGAUAGAAAGUAACGUUGCACGUAUGAGACGUCUGAAAAUACAGGGUGAAAUAAUACUUCUAAUGGUUUCUUAAAGUGGAGUGACUAAAUGGUAUUGAAGUUGAAUAUUGUUAGAAGUGUUUCCUUUUGAAAUGAAUGGUUGCGGCAGCGAAAACUAGAUCAAAGCGGUAAGAUUCGUGUUUUCUUUUCAACGAAUAUUUCAUCUGAUAUUGCCCGAUCGCCUCUACAGGAUUAUUUCCCCUCACACAAUGGAUAGCCUACACAAGGGAAUUCUAUUGUGCAAGGGAAAAUAAUUCUGGGCCACCCUGUAGUUUUCAUUUCAAGCAACUGCUUUAGAAAUAUCGCAUUUUGAAAACGUUAUUCUGCUUGAAACCCGGUGCAAAGACUUUUUUACACCCUGUAGUUAUAUUAUAGCAACUGUUUAUGUUGUGUGAUGACCGACACUCAUCGGUGCGUGUCGCAGAGGAUAUGGGAAUCGCCCUGCUAACCUUUUCCACGAAAUUAACAACGAAAUGGCAUUCAUUUACAUCAUUUAUUUAACUAGAAAAUAAUGUCAUCUAUCAAAAUUUGAUGACUUCCGAAUAUCUUGGUGAAGCAAUGACGGUAAAUGAA